AUGCGUCGUACCCAGGGAUCAGUGGUGCUCAUAGACGUCGUCUUGGUCAGGUGCGCUAGUUGCACAGUCUGUUAUGCUGUUCGUCCUCUGCCGUACUUGUCAGUCGAAGUUGCCAGGCUAGAAGAUUGCACACUUGUUGCCGAUGGAUUUCAAGAGUAUGCUGAACGGUCGGGUGGUGUAGAUGAUGUGGCAGAGGGUCGUCUCAGCCGUCCAGUUAGUGCGAAAGACUUCUUAGGAAAAGAUUUUGCAACGGAGGAGGAUGCUUAUGCUGCCUACAAGGAGUUCACUAAAUUAAGGGGUUUUGGAGUUCGGAAGGGAGAUGUAUCUCGUGUGAAUGGAGUGUUGAUUAGGAGAGAUUUUUCUGCCAUCGACCAUGUACAAGACGUACUAAGCACUAUGACCGUCCUGAGCGAGGUGAGGACCAUCGUGGACAAACAUAACCACGAGCUUUCCCCAGCAAUGUUUGCACAUCUCCUUCCUAGUCAUCGAAAGAUGAGUGACGGUGACAAGACACAGGUGGAUAGUUUGAAGCAGUUUGGGAUCGCCACCUCAAAAAUGAUGGCUUACAUGGCGGGGCAAUCUUGUGGGUAUGGCAUGCUCCAGUUUACAAAACAGGAUCUGUAUAAUUAUGUGCAUAGACAAAAGAUUGCGCGAAUAUGUGACGCCGAUACCGCAGCAACUAUCAGUUACUUGGAGGAUAGGGCAAAUGCUGACAUGAAGACGGUGGCACGAUACACACAGACCCUAGAUAAUCAGUUGGGUAGCCUAUUUCGGGCCCACAGUAAGAUGACGACGGAUUAUCAACUAUUUGGUGACGUGUAG